UUACCAAACGCUGUCUUGUGAGUGACGGCCAUUUCCCCGAGAAAAUCCACAGGGUUUUCACUUUGCAACCCAAAAAGAGAAGGAAAACACGACAGACCGAGCUUUGACUAGAAAAAUGGAAGCAAAGGUAGGGAAAUUCUUCGAGUCGGUGAAUAACUUCUUCUCCGGCUCAGAUCAGCUUCCUUGGUGCGAUUCUGAUAUCAUUGCAGGAUGUGAAAAGGAGGCUGCGAAGGCUGAUAAAGGUUCUGAAGGGUUAAAAAAUGAAUGUCUCACUCGAUUUUCAUGGGCUCUUGUUCACUCGCGGCGAGCAGAAGAUGUAGAACGUGGGAUAGCUAUGCUCGAAGCUUCAUUGGCCAGCACUGCCGAUCCACUGAAGAUGCGAGAGAAGUUGUAUCUUCUGGCUGUUGGACAUUUCCGAAGGGGUGAUUAUUCAAGGAGCAGGGAGCUUGUGGAGCAGUGUUUAAUGGUAGAACCUGAAUGGAGACAGGCACAAAGUCUGAAGAAGGCAAUUGAAGAGCGGAUUAAAAAAGAUGGUGUGAUUGGCAUAGGCAUUGCUGUUACUGCUGCUGGGCUGGUUGCUGGUGGCAUCGCUGCUGCUCUUUCACGCAAAAACUAAGGCCCCCAUCUCCUCAUUAUCAUAUCAUAUAUGUUGGAACAGAUCUUGAAAAAUAUUUUCAAUGAUCAAAAAGCAAAGAAAUGCUACCUAAAUACAUCUUGUUAUUCUCUCAUGUACCAAAAGAGCAAGAUCAUAAUGU